AUGCUCCCCUCAUUGUCCACUAUCCCAUCUCAGCCAGUCGGGGUAGGGACUCCUUCCAUUUCACCACAACAUUCCCCAAGACCAGACAUUCUUUCGUUUCUCCCUCCACAUCCAUCCUCUUCAUUGGCUCCUGACUCACCUCAUUCCAUCAUCUUUUCCAAGCCAGCCGAACGACCCACCAAAGUGCCUUUGUUUCCCCAAACAGCUCCAACUGGCUCCUUUUCAAGUGAGAGCAUAGCUAAUUCCCCACACCCAUUUGCUGGGGAAAUGAACCACACUCUGUCCAAAAAUGCCCAGGAUUUGAUAGGCAUCCCUCAUCUAGGUCUUUUUGGAUACUCAACAAUGCGGCAUCCUGAGCUGCCCCCCACAGAGGGUCCUCACACAGCAGGCUCCCCCACACCUGAGUUUUUGAGCUCUGUGGCAGAACUGUCCCAUCUGUCUCCUCCACCCCUAGUGCCUGGAAGUCUUCUUCAGCUUCCAGAUGGAACUCCCUCAUGGUCAGUGUUGGAAGUGGCUUCAAGUCGUACAUCCACACAGCCGGUUGAAGCUGAGGUGGCUGAAGGAGUGCAUGGUGGGGUGUCUUUGCCAAUUUCUAAGAGUGUGGUGGCCGCAGCAGUGACCCAGGAGGCUGUGUCUUCACUUUUACAGACUGCAGAAUCAGUGGCAGUGGAAACAACCAGCAGAAAGAUAGCCCUUGCUACCGCAAAUGACACCGCUAACCCACUGCAUUUGUCAGGGGCUCCAGAGAAUUCUGAAGGGCUCCUCCUUGUAGCAGAACACACAUCGUCCUCUUUGGUGCCUUCUCCUCUGCCUCUCACCACAGCCCGCAGAGGGCAAGCCAUCCUUUCUGGGACAUCCAACAGCACAGGAGCAGACUUUCCUUCUGCACCCACCUUUCUCCAGUUGGCACAGAACCAUGCCUCUCCUUCCACCAUGCCCAAAAUGCCAACUCCUCAAAAAGAGGGCAGCGGUGGAUCCCCUCCGACAGCGGCUACAGACUUCCCCUUCUCCAGCAAAUUUCCCAAUCUUCUUUCCACAACCUGGGCAUUUCCCCUGCAGAAAGAAGAUAGCGUGACAGCUGUUUUAAAGAAAAACGAAAAGGCAAAUUUGACAGUUGAUCUCCAGAUCCUUCCAAGUAAAGAGAUUCCAGGUCAUCACACUGUAAAUGGGUUCACCUCUGAUUCUAGCCUGGAUCAUAUUUCAUCUUUUUUCAUCACAACUCUAAGAACAAACCUCCUUCCUUCAGAAUUACCUCUACCUUCCAUCCCCUCUCCACAAAGCACCCAGACUAUGUCCCCAUCCCCUAGCUUGUCUGACAUCAAGCCAGAGACUUAUGCAGCUGUGAUGGACCAUUCUCAGUUGCCAGUUUCAACUUCCCAACAGGUGACAGCAUUUCCCUCAUCCACUGAGGUCUAUGAUUUCUCAACAACGAGACAUGUGAAAAAGCCAGCAACCACAGAUGUUUUCUGGAGUUCUCUUUCAGCAGAAACCGGAUCUCUCUCCACAGAGCCGAUGAUAUCUGGCUUGCUGCAGCAAACAAAUUAUUAUUUAAAUGGGCACACAAUUAACUCCACCAGUUGGGAAACUCAUUCAGCUUCAGCUACUCCUCCCAGUGGUUCAACUUCAGCUGCCAGUACAAUAAGAUCUUCAGAUUUCAGAGAAACUGCUGGGCAUUUAGUGACUGCAGAAGGCUCUAACAUUCAGCGUCCAGUCCUUGGUAUAAGCACCAACCAACCUAUUCAACAGUCAGAGGUCACCAUGGUUGGAAACCAUACAGACUUCUUGUCAAUAACCAAUAACAACUAUUCCAGAGAUUUGCAAACAGCUGAGAUUGAAGAUUACCCAUCCACAAGCCAACAUGCUGUGUCUCAUCCCCAUCUACAGCUGCCUGCGCAUUCAACACAUGCUCUUUCACCAGCUUCUCCAAGUCUGACUUCCACAGCUACCUUGCAGGAAAUACUUUCAGAUAAAACGGAUUCAGUUCUCCCAAUUUCCGGUGACAUCUACCCAUCUCCUUUGAUAAGUGUUUCCACACCAUUCCAGAGUAUCUUGAGAUACCAUUCUACUGCUGAAUCUCCUCCUCUAUCGACCAGGGCCCCAUCCACAGUGCUGCUGGCUUCUCAGCACCCUGAGAAAUGGACAGGUGCAGCCACUCAUGCAGUAGACCCCUCGGUGUCGUCCAAGGCGGAACCAACAGCAGCAUCAGCAGCUACGUUGUUACUGGGGAAAUCAAGUCCACCGGCGCUGUCUGCAGCCCUGGUUGCCAAGGGCACUGGCAGCAGGGCUUCGGCCAUGGCCUCGGGAUUAGUCAAGAGCAGUUGGACCACUGCCCUAGCUAAAAAUGUCACAAACAACGCAGCACCUGGCCCAAGGACGACACCGGGGGCAGUGCCUCCGGCCUUCUCAUUCACACCAACCUACAUGUUUUCAAGAACGGCACACACCGGGAGUGCUCACACAGCCAUGCAAGGGACCACGGGCGCCGCCUCUGGCCUGUUGUCCACAACACACCUCCCCAGGAAACCACAAGCCAUGCACACAGGCCUCCCAAACCCCACCAACCCAGACAUGCCGAAGGCAUCCACCACACGCCCACUGACAAUCACAGCAGCCUUGACAUCCGUUACUGCCCCAGUAAGGGCCACCCGGUUGCCACCUUUGCCGGCAGAAAAUAUAGAUGCUGCGUCGACUGCCAUGGUCACAACCGGCAAAAUGGCAUCCAACCUGGAGUGUCAAAUGUCCAGUAAGCUCCUGGUGAAGACAGUUCUCUUUCUGACCCAGAGGAGAGUGCAGAUCAGUGAAACCUUGAGGUUCAAUGUAGCCAAAGGGCUCACGCAGGCAUUGCGGAAGGCUUUCCACCAGAAUGACGUCUCGGCUCACGUGGACAUUCUGGAACAUUCUCAUAACGUCACAGUUGGUUAUUAUGCUACCAAAGGGAGACUGGUAUACUUGCCUGCCGUAGUGAUUGAAAUGCUGGGUGUUUAUGGGGUCAGCAACGUCACUGCAGAUCUGAAGCAACAUACCCCAAACUUACAGUCAGUGGCAGUACUUGCCUCCCCGUGGAAUCCCCAGCCUGCAGGCUACUUCCAGCUGAGAACAGUGCUGCAGUUUGUGAGCCAGUCCGACAACAUCCAGUCCUGCAAGUUUGCUCAGACGAUGGAACAGAGACUGCAGAAGGCCUUUCAGGAUGCAGAGAGGAAAGUCCUGAAUACCAAGAGCAAUCUGACAAUUCAGAUUGUGAGCACAUCCAAUGCCUCCCAGACAGUCACCUUGGUGUACGUGGUGGGCAAUCGGAGCUCCUUCCUCAACGGCACGGUCGCCAGCAGCCUCCUCCGCCAGCUCUCAGCUGAGCUGGUUGGGUUCUACCUCACCUACCCGCCGCUCACCAUUGCUGAACCACUGGAAUAUCCCAACCUUGAUAUAUCGGAAACAACCAGAGACUAUUGGGUAAUAACAGUGCUACAGGGCGUGGACAAUUCGCUGGUGGGCCUGCACAACCAGAGCUUCGCCCGGGUCAUGGAGCAGCGCCUGGCCCAGCUAUUCAUGAUGUCCCAGCAGCAAGGCCGACGGUUUAAACGGGCCACUACCUUGGGAAGCUACACCGUGCAGAUGGUAAAGAUGCAACGGGUGCCGGGACCCAAGGACCCGGCGGAGCUGACUUACUACACCCUGUACAACGGGAAGCCAUUGCUGGGGACCGCAGCUGCCAAGAUCCUGAGCACCAUUGACUCCCAAAGGAUGGCCUUGACCCUGCAUCAUGUUGUCCUUCUGCAAGCUGACCCCGUGGUGAAGAAUCCACCCAACAACCUGUGGAUCAUCGCAGCAGUGCUGGCACCCAUUGCUGUGGUCACGGUCAUCAUCAUCAUCAUCACUGCUGUGCUCUGCCGGAAGAACAAGAACGACUUCAAGCCGGACACCAUGAUGAACCUGCCUCAGAGAGCAAAGCCUGUGCAAGGCUUUGACUAUGCCAAGCAGCACCUGGGCCAGCAAGGGGCGGAUGAGGAGGUUGUCCCUGUGACUCAGGAAACGGUGGUCCUACCGCUCCCUGUUAGAGAUGCUCCUGCCUCUCAGGAAAGAGACAUCGCCCAGGACGGAAGCACCAUCAAGACGGCCAAGUCCACCGAAACCAGAAAGAGCAGGUCGCCCAGUGAGAAUGGCUCUGUCAUCAGCAAGGAAUCAGGGAAGCCCAGCUCAGGGAGGCGCUCGCCCCAGAAUGUAAUGGCACAGCAGAAAGUGACAAAGGAGGAGGCACGGAAGAGAAAUGUGCCUGCGAGUGACGAAGAGGAAGGAGCGGUGCUUUUUGACAACUCUGGCAAGGCGGCUGCUGAUCCCUUUGACACAUCUUCUGGAUCUGUGCAGCUCAUCGCAAUAAAACCCACAGCCCUCCCCGUGGUACAUCCCACAUCGGACCGGAGCCAGGAGUCAGCAGUCCUCAACGGUGAGGUAAACAAAGCCCUGAAGCAGAAGUCAGACAUCGAGCACUAUCGGAACAAGCUACGCCUCAAAGCCAAGAGGAAGGGAUAUUACGACUUUCCACCGGUGGAGACAAACAAGGCUCAGACAGAAAGAAAAAAGAUGUAUGAGAAAACCCCAAAGGAAAUCGAGCACGUUUUGGAUCCAGACCCAGAACUGUGUGCUCCAUUUGCUGAGUCUAAAAACAGGCAACAGAUGAAGAACUCUGUCUACCGAAGCCGGCAGUCUCUGAAUAGCCCGAGUCCUGGGGAAACGGAGAUGGACCUUCUGGUGACUCGGGAGCGACCCCGGCGUGGAAUCCGUAACAGCGGAUACGAUACUGAGCCUGAGAUCAUAGAGGAAACCAACAUCGACAGAGUGAAUGAGCCCCGGGGCUAUGCCCGAUCAAGGCAGAUGAAAGGUCACUCGGAGACCUCCACACUGAGCUCCCAGCCCUCCAUCGAUGAGGUCAGGCAGCAGAUGCAUAUGCUACUGGAGGAGGCCUUCAGCCUGGCAUCUGCAGGCCACGCGGGCCAGAGCCGGCACCAGGAGGCUUACGGCUCAGCACAGCACCUGCCCUACUCGGAGGUUGUGACCAGUGCUCCAGGGACCAUGACGCGGCCCAGGGCAGGGGUGCAGUGGGUACCCACCUAUCGCCCAGAAAUGUACCAGUACAGUCUGCCUCGACCGGCAUACAGGUUUUCCCAGCUUCCUGAAAUGGUCAUGGGCUCUCCCCCUCCACCUGUACCUCCCCGGACUGGCCCUGUGGCUGUUGCUUCUCUCAGGCGGUCCACCUCGGACGUGGGCAGCAAGACCAGGAUGGCCGAGUCUGCAGGGCCCGAACCGGCCCAGCUGCACGACAGCCCCUCCUUCGCGCAGGUGUCCAGAGGCCCCGUGUCCGUGGCGCAGUUGGACCAGUCGGCUUUAAAUUACUCAGGUAAUACGGUGCCGGCAGUGUUCGCCAUCCCAGCUGCCAACAGACCUGGCUUCACCGGCUAUUUCAUCCCAACGCCUCCCUCGUCCUACAGAAACCAGGCCUGGAUGUCCUAUGCAGGAGAGAAUGAGCUCCCAAGCCAGUGGGCCGAUUCGGUCCCCCUCCCAGGGUACAUCGAGGCUUACCCCCGGUCACGUUAUCAGCAAAACUCUCCCUCCAGGCUCCCUCGCCAGUACAGCCAGCCAGCAGGCAUGCACCCCAGCCUGGAGCAGGCCCCGGUGCCAUCCGCGGCGGCCUCGCAGCAGAGCCUCACCGAGAACGACCCGUCUGACACGCCCCUGACCAACAUCUCCACGGCGGCCCUCGUGAAGGCCAUCCGGGAAGAGGUGGCCAAGCUGGCCAAGAAACAGACAGACAUGUUUGAGUUCCAGGUCUAACGCCUUAGCCCCGUGGGACUUCCAGACUCUGAGGAAGCCGUCUUCUGCUUUCUCAGCCUAACGUGUUGGGACUUGAGGCAUAGACCAUGUGUGAGUCUUUCUCACCCUCAGUCUCUGAACAGGUGAACAGUGGGGCUUCUGGGCAACAGAGGAGACUCUUGAACAACUUGAUUCUUGGCUUAUUCAACUGAUUGUAUGUCAAGAAGUCCCUGUGUGGGACCAUAUGUUUGAUAAUCUGUGAAGUUAAAUGUUUGAACUGUGGGUGUAUUUCCCUUUGGAGCCUUAGUCACAAGAGACACUAACUAAUCUGCAGAUCCCUAUCCAAUGCCACAUUUUAAUAAAUCACCAGAAGGGGGAGAACAUUGCUCUGUCUUCGGUGAGUUCUGCAUGUUAACUCUGUUUCUGUGUUAAAGGCAAUGCAGGCAUCUGAUUAAGCACCAGACUGUACUCUCUCUCAUUCAGCCAUGACUGUAAUUGUUAAAAUCACCUCCGGUCUGUAAAGGAGGCACUGACUCCAGCCAAGAAACUUCAGUCCUUUUCUUUCAAAGGUUCAUAUUCAGAUGAAGUGGAUCAAAAUCAGGACUGUCGAUGACUGUACCUAUAAAUAGUCCUGACUCUUUUGUCCUUCCAUUAACUAAACAAAGGCUGAGAAAGAGAGCAGAUGAGAGGGAAUGGCGGAUUCGGAUUCGUGUUGACAAGUUUCUGAAGAGGUGUUGUUGUUUUGGAACUUGAGCACCCCGCACAUUGGGAUCUCACUGAAAGAGAAUUGGUGCUAAGAGCUUUUAAGAUCCUACAAAAGAAAAACAGUCAUUUGUGGAGGUUUUUCUUUGCCUUGCAAUGAAGGUGGCCUGAGAACAAGCUUCUCUCUUUUUUGAGAUAAUGGAUACAUGGACUUUGACAGGAAAACCUCUGUCUCUUCAACAGCGAUGUCCAGCAUGUGCUGCUGAGCGAUACAGAAGGAAGUAGCAAUUGAUGCCUGUUUGAAGCAGAAAGAGUGGACUCCUCGGUCUCCCCAGGCUGCAGCCUCUGUUUAUAGGAGCUUCUGAAUGUAGAAAAUCUGUUGACUUACAUUUAAAUGUAAAUAACAUUUUUUUUAAGUGUAUGGAGUUUGCCAGUUCCCUCCCUCCACGCCCCUGUAGUUAAUGGAUGCAGGAGGACAUUUGCUGAAAGGACAGGGCUGCUGACCUUGUGACCGCGAUGUGGUAAAUGACAUUCCCUGGCAUGAUGAGUCAGCUUCUAGAGCUCUGGGUGGACACUGCCUCACAGCCCUGAGGCACCAGCUGCUGACUGUCAGUGCAAAAGUAAAACUUCAGGUAGCCCAGGAGAGGGAACACUCUGGUUCCCUCACCAACUCUGCUGGGGCUUACCUGGUGUCUGUUGGAGAACAAGGUCCUGUCCUGCCUUCACCCAUGACCCAUCUAGCUUCAGCUGUGUCCAUGCCUUCUUGAGCCCAUCUUUCCAUUUCCCUCAUGAGUUUCUUUGGUCUUUACUGAGAGAAGGUAGAAAUUUAAAAGUUGAGAGAAGAGUAGGAGUGGAACUGAUUAGAAUGGGAGAUUCAAACUGUCAAAGCACAGACUUUUCAAAGAAGCUGUUUUUAUUUCCCAAUGGCAAAUUGCCCUUUCUGGAAAGUUCCGGAGAUGAUGUGUCAUGGUAUCCCCAGACAAGUCUCUUGUUCAGAUGAUAUUAGGUAGUGUCCUUUUGGUAUGCUGGUUGAUCUUUCAUAGUGUUAGUUUUUUGUUACUUAAAAAAAAAAAAAAUCAGCUAUAAAUAAAAUGUAUUUUUGUAAUUUCCAUGUGUAUAUAUGGUAUAUUUCUACCAAUGGCCAGUUGUUGUAGUCCAAAACCUAAAUCAGCUUGCAAAACACUGUGGAUGGUGCAAGAUUUUAUUGACAGAUUAACACAAUGCCUAAGUCUAUCCAAAUAGGUAUUCAAUGCACUUGAAUGAACAAAGAGCCAAAGAAACUCAGCCUUUUCAUGCAAAUGGUAUGAGUCUGAUAAAGUCAGCCACAUUGUCCCGCCUUAUCAAUAAUAUUAAUAUUUCAUCAGUGCAAUGAUAUCAACCCAGUACUUUGUCUACUUGGUAAAUGCCUGGAAAUCCUGUAUGUGACAAUGAAGUUUCAAGACCUUAGUGUAAUUAAAAUAUAUGCUUCAAAGACAAUGUCUGAGCUUUGGAUGUUCCAGUGACUUACAGAGAAUGAGCCUACAGUCUGCAGUGGUGUGGCCCCAGCUUGCUAAGAGGAUGGAGAAACAAAUCACUGCAGUCUUUGCAGAACCCCAUGAAAUAUUGAGUUCAUCAACUGAGACGACUAAAAAUAUAGCGUGCUAAAUCAGACACUCUGAUAAACUAGACACCACAGGUUUAAGAAAAGUAUAUGGAAGGAAAACCUUAAGUUGAAAAGAAAUCAAUCUGUUCAUGUUUUUUUCCACCAAUGGGGAGACAGCUGCCAUUGCUAGAUUUUCUGUGAUUAAUAUGUAGUCCCUUCUCUGAAGAGUCUCCUGGUGUCAUGGAGGGGACAGACGCCUGGACAGCUUCCUCUGAGGAAAGGCAGAAGUGCCUCAUGGAGGCAAAAAUAGAGUCCCGUGACAGCCCAGGGGCUCUAUGUUCCUCAUGACCCUCCAGACAGUUGGAGAAGCCACAGAGGACCUUGGCAAUCUUGGAGAAGGAAUCAGAAGUCCAGAAAAGUGGAGUGACCUCCUGGAGGAUUCCACCCCAAGCCUGCUGAUUCAUGAUUCAACUUGCUUUCCAUUUCACCAUGCUGCCUGCACGCCUGUCUGUGAUGCGUUUCUUGAACUGUGCUAGGAAGUUUAAAAAGCAGACAAGGGUCAUGUGAGGGACGCCCUAUGUUCUUGUGAAGAAAAAAAAGAUGAUUGGAUAUGUAAAGGACUUCAGAUAAAGUGUAUAGAGGACGAUGCAUUUGUGGCAUAAUAAACACUUUUUGGAACUUGUU